AUGGGGCCCCUUUCAGUUCGAGGUCGGGUACACCAUGGAUUCUACAUGGAGAAGAGGACCAACCUGCAUGGGAACAUAGCUAAUCUGGUAUGGCAGCUGCACUUCAGUGUACAUGUGAGAGAAUAUCAGCAGCUCCAGGCUUUUAUAUUGGCCAUUGAUGAUAUUAACAGUAACCCGGAGAUUCUGCCCAAUGUUUCUCUGGGAUAUCGCGUGUACGAUUCUUGUAAAUAUACAAAGAAAGUUAUUAAAGAUGUUCUGCAGAUACUGUCUGGGCCCAAGCUGGCAGCUCCGAAUUACGCAUGCAUGGAACAGGGUAAGGUGGCCGGAUUUAUUGGAGAUAUCCACUCUGACACUACACUUCCAAUGGCACAGUUGCUGAAUGUGCUAGGAUAUACACAGGUCAGCUAUGGAGCGAGGGACCCACUGCUGAGUGACCGGACUCUGUAUCCAAACUUCUUUCGCACAGUACAAAACUACCAGACAGAACAUGUAGGCAUUGCAAAGUUACUGAGAAGUUUUGGGUGGAACUGGGUCGGAAUUAUCACAUCAGAUGAUGAUAACGGAGAACGGGAGCUAGAACAUCUGAGUAAUCUAUUUAAUGAUUAUGGAAUUUGUAUUGAAUUCAAAGUCAAAGUUGCCCAAACUAAAUACGAUCAUAACAUUCCUCUUGAGUUAAAAGCUUCAUCUACAGAGAUUGUUGUUAUGUGUGGAACAUAUACGCAAAUGUCUACUGUCUUUUUGCGUAGUAUAACAUAUAUUCUCAUUAACAAGACAAUAAUCCUUCCAGCAUCAUGGUCACUUGCAAUAAACCUUUUGUUUAUUAGUAACACAAAAAAAGCAGUUGAGAUGAGUUUGGUGUUUUCUCCUCCACCACAUUAUAUCCCGGCAUUACAGGAACGUUUAUUCACUUUUCAUCCAUCCAGUCAUCCUAGUGACCCAGUGCUGGAAGAUAUUUGGAUGCGUUACUUUAGGUGCUUGUCAGCAAAUUCUUAUAAGAACACCAUCUUUUCAAGAAUUCAUCAAUAUAAUUUGGAGGACUGCGCUGGGAAGAAGAGGUUUAGUGAACUUUUUAAUUAUACUGGAGAUCCGGCCACCUACCAGGUGUAUAUUGCAGUCCUCAGCAUGGCGCAAGCUCUACAUGAAGUGAAUUUAGCCUUAAAUAUGUAUCGAGAAAAGUAUUGUUUAAAAUCAUUUCAAUUUACGCACAAGCUUAGAAACUUUGUAAAUAAAAUUAACUACACUGGUCCAUAUAACAAAACAAUAUAUUUUGAUGAGAAAGGAGAAUAUCCUGAAGUUAUGGACAUUCAAAACUGGUCAUCUGAAGAUAUAGAGAAUCAAACUGUUAUUUAUCUGAAGUCUGUUGGUAGAUUUGAUCCAAAUGUUCCAGAUGAUCAGCAGCUUCUUAUUUUACCAUGGAUGAUAUCAUGGAAACAUGGAAAGGUUCCACAAGGCUUGUGUACUGCAGUCUGUCUUCCAGGAACCAGACGGGCCCUGAGGAAAGGAUCCCACACCUGCUGCUAUGACUGUAUCCCAUGCUCAGAGGGGGAGAUAUCCAAUGUGUCUGACAGUGAAAACUGCCAGAAAUGUGCAGAUGAUGAGUGGCCUAAUGAAUAUAAAGAUGAAUGUAUUCCCAGAAUAUUAGAGUUUCUAUCAUACAAGACAGACAUAAUAGCUAUAGGUUUUUCUUCAAUAUCUGUCAUAUCUUUUAUCUUAUCUGUGUUUAUAAUUGGAAUAUUUGUUUCAUUCCGGGACACUCCCAUAGUAAAAGCCAAUAAUAGAAACCUCAGCUUCAUUCUUCUCAUCUCCCUCAAGCUUAGCCUACUCUGUGUGCAUCUGUUCAUCGGUCAUCCAGUGGACAUCACCUGCAUGCUACGCCAAAUAUCCUUUGGAAUACUAUUCACUGUUGCUCUAUCUUCUGUCUUGGCCAAGACUGUCAUGGUUUGCAUUGCAUUCAAAGCAACUAAGCCUGGAAGCUCCUGGAGAAAAUGGCUGGGUGCUAAAUUGCCGUAUUCUGUAGUGUUUAUCUGCUCAUGUGUUCAAGUUCUCACCAGUGCUAUUUGGUUGUCAGUGUCUCCUCCUAAUCAGCAGUAUGACAGGGACUCAUCUCCUGGGAUGAUCAUCAUUCAGUGUAAAGAAGGUUCUGUGCUUGCCUUUUGUUUCAUGUUGGGGUACAUGGGGAUUCUGGCAGCUUUGAGCUUUCUUCUAGCUUUCAUGGUGAGGACAUUACCUGACAUCUAUAAUGAGGCCAAAUUCAUCACCUUCAGCAUGUUGUUAUUCUGCAGUGUGUGGGUCUGUGCCAUCCCAGCCUAUCUGAGCAGUAAGGGGAAACAAGUGGUCAUUGUAGAGGUGUUUGCUAUAUUGGCUUCAGGUAUUGGAAUACUGAGCUGUAUAUUUUUUCCUAAGUGCUACAAUAUUCUCAUGAGACCUGAAAUAAACAGUAAAUCACAUUUAUUAAUGAGAAGUUAUUAA